AUGGAUGCUGCGCUGGUCGUCGUGCUAAGCGAUGCUGGUGGGGUUGACGAGUUGUUCUUCGGAGUUGAGGGUAUCGCGAAAGGAUUACGCGCGGGUUCUAUUGCAUUGAUUCGUUCGACAUUGCUGCUUAUUAGCCAGUUGGAGAAGCUGGAGCAGAAGCUUACAGAUGAGAAGAAGGAUGUCUUCCUUCUGGAUGGAUACAUUUUCAGUGGUUUAUCUGAUGAACUAAAGCAACAGAUUAUUAUUGUUGCAUCUGGGAGACAGGACGUAUCAGAAAGAGCUAGAAAGUUUUUCCAUAGCUUAUACAAUACCGUUUACUUUGCUGAAGGUGAAUUUUGCACUAGCAGCAAACUUAGGGUGGUGAAUGAUUUGCUGGAGGGCAUUCAUUUUGUUGCGUCUAUUGAAGCAAUGUAUCUUGGUGUUCGAGCUGGGAUUCAUCCAUCAAUUAUCUAUGACAUAAUAUCGAAUGCUGCUGGGAGCUCAAGGUUAUGGGAGUUUCUUCAUUCUUUUGUGUUCUGUCUAAACAAAUAA